CGUCAAUAACAGGUGCAAAAACGAGACACCACAAAGUUUGAAAACAAGGCACCUGCCAGGUAAAAAACAAGACAGCUUUUAUUCCUUUGAUAAUAAUGCCGAAGGUUUACGUUCCCAAAAAGCGCCCCAACAACAAAAAGAACAUAGAAACAGUCCUAAAACUAAUAGAUAAUGGCACUGUAUCUCUUAGAAAUGCAGCUAAACAGUUUAAAAUUGGCAAAUCUGCUCUUUCGAGAAGACGUACUCGUUCACUUGGUAAACAGGGAAGAAAACUUCUCUAACCAAAGAAAUGGAAGUAGACUUAAGUGAUAAGAUAAAAAUUAUGGCAAAAUGGGGGUUUGCUCUCACUAAACCAGAGAUACAAGCAAUAGUUCAAACCUAUGUACAAGAAAACCACCGUACUAGAAAAAGUACUUCAUCGACAAAAGUGACAGAAAUGAAACUUCCCCAACCAGAAAUAGAAAGUAAGGCCUGUCGUAUCUCUCAGCAAUAUUGGUCUCCUAUCGACUUUGAAAAAUACGUCGUUCAAUAAUAAUAUGUAGUACAAAAUACGUUAGAAUAAU